AUAGUUAGCUAGGAGCUCGCCAAGGCGGCUGUUAGCUAACGUUAACCGACUGACUGUCUAUAAUCGUAUUAAACUAAACUGAGUGGUUUGGGAGCUAUUUCGGUGUGCCUUGUGUUGGCCAAAUAACGUGGGACGCGUGAAAUGAACAAGACAGGUAAUCGGUAAUUCAUAGCACCUACCGUUAGUUUCCUUCAAAGUAAAGCUAACGUUAAUUUAACGCAAACUGACGUUAACCUCCAUUGCUUUGCGUUUUGGAAAUAAAAGGACCGUGAUUUUUGUUUAAUUGUGUAAAUUUCUUCCGCACUUAUAACUGCAUUAUCGUGUUUGGCAACCUACAUCGUCCUACUUUGCGGACUACACUUAGCUAUUAUUUUGAAGAAUACAUCCGGAAGCAGUUUGUUUUGCAUUAGUGGACUUGACAACGGUCUGUCUGGAGCAUCACAACAUUGCCCUGCUGCUUUGUUGGAGGGGCAGAAAGCAUCGCACUUGUCUUCGAUGAAGUGUGUAUAAAACCAGGGAAUGUCCACCAUGGUGUAUCCACGUGAGGAAGGCCUGGAGCGACUGAGCCAGGAUGAGAUUGUCCUCAACACUAAGGCUGUCAUGCAGGGCCUGGAGACGCUGCGCGGCGAACAUGCCCAAAUCCUCAACUCGCUGCUGGACUGCACCCAGCCACCCGCUGCCCAGGAGAAAUCUGGGCUGCUCCGCAAGAGUCUGGAGGCCAUCGAGCUGGGCCUGGGAGAAGCACAGGUGAUCAUCGCCCUGUCGAGCCACUUGAGCGCUGUAGAGUCGGAGAAGCAGAAGCUGCGUGCUCAGGUGCGCCGGCUCUGCCAGGAGAACCAAUGGCUUCGGGACGAGCUGGCGGGAACCCAGCACAAGCUGCAGCGCAGCGAGCAGAGCGUGGCCCAGCUGGAGGAGGAGAAGAAGCACCUGGAGUUCAUGAACCAGAUCAAAAAGUUUGAUGAUGACGUCUCGCCCUCAGAGGAAAAGAGCCAGAGCUCCGGCGGCGGUGGAGGAGACACUUCAAAGGACAGUCUGGAUGACUUGUUCCCAAACGAUGAUGACCAGGGACCAGCCCAGCCCAGCGGAGAGGUGGCAGCCCAGCAGGGAGGCUACGAGAUCCCGGCCCGCCUCAGGACGCUUCACAACCUGGUGAUCCAGUACGCCUCGCAGGGGAGGUACGAGGUGGCCGUGCCGCUGUGCAAACAAGCCCUGGAGGACCUGGAGAAAACGUCUGGGCACGACCACCCUGACGUAGCCACCAUGCUCAACAUCCUGGCUUUGGUGUACAGGGAUCAGAACAAGUACAAAGAAGCAGCUCACCUCCUGAAUGACGCCCUGGCCAUCAGAGAGAAGACACUGGGGAAGGAUCAUCCAGCUGUGGCCGCAACCCUCAACAACCUGGCUGUUCUGUAUGGCAAGAGGGGCAAAUACAAGGAGGCUGAACCUCUCUGCAAGAGAGCGCUGGAGAUCAGAGAGAAGGUGUUGGGGAAAUACCACCCAGAUGUAGCCAAGCAGCUGAACAACUUGGCCCUGCUGUGUCAGAACCAGGGCAAGUACGACGAAGUGGAGUACUACUACAGACGAGCCCUGGAGAUCUACGAGUCCAAGCUGGGAGCUGAUGACCCCAACGUGGCCAAGACCAAAAAUAACCUGGCUACGUGCUACCUGAAGCAGGGGAAGUUCAAAGAUGCUGAGGCUCUGUACAAAGAGAUCCUGACCAGGGCACAUGAGAAGGAGUUUGGAUCUGUCAAUAAUGACAACAAGCCCAUCUGGAUGCACGCGGAGGAGAGAGAGGAGAGCAAGGGGAAGCGCAAGGACUCUGGCCCAUAUGUAGAGUAUGGAAGCUGGUACAAGGCCUGCAAAGUGGACAGCCCCACAGUAAACACAACCCUCAAAAGCUUGGGAGCUUUGUACCGUCGCCAGGGCAAACUGGAGGCAGCAGAAACACUGGAGGAGUGUGCCUGCAAGUCACGUAAACAGGGUAUUGAUGCCAUUAACCAGAGUAAAGUGGUGGAGCUGCUGAAGGACGGGGGGGCUGGAGGAGGCGACAGAAGACACAGCAGGGAAGGAGUCAACGGGCUGGGGGGACAGCGGGGGGAGAGCGAGGGCGACGAGUCCGCUGAGUGGAACGGGGAUGGUAAUGGGUCUCUGCGUCGCAGCGGCUCCUUCGGGAAGAUUCGGGACGCCCUGAGAAGGAGCAGCGAGAUGCUGGUGAAGAAGCUGCAGGGGAGUGGGCCGCAAGAACCCCGCAACCCAGGAAUGAAGAGAGCAAGCUCCCUCAACUUCCUCAACAAGAGCACCGAGGAGACCACACAGGACGCCAACUCCGCCCUCUCGGACUGCAGGGGACUAAGCGCCAGCAAUGUGGACUUAUCCAGACGCAGCUCCCUGAUUGGCUAGAAUGAGACAGGAGGUGGGACUCAGGAGAGACAAGAGUGGCCCGACGAGGAGAGGCUGUUUGCAGCUUGGUUUGAUCAAACAAACACACUUAAAGCUCAAAGCGAGAUCAAACACUUGCACCUGCAGCAUAUUUUUUAAAGAACACUGAAAAAAAAAAAAAGCAUUAACACACUAAGCGUCAUCCUGUAAGACACGGUCGCUGCUGCUUCGCUGUACAAACCGCUGACAUCGAUCACAAAAGAGAAUAUUUAGAUACACAUUUAUCGGCAUGCUGCUUACUAGAACGUGGAAUGUCUGCACCUGAACGCCUCGUUUUUUUCGACUCAUAGCACCGUAGCAAAGCAUCGUGUCCACAUCGUGAUGAGUCCGUCUCCUUGAUCUGACGUUAACACCAUGUGCAGACACUCAACCUUAGGUAGGCUAAAUGUACUCCGGUUUCUUUUCUGAGAGAAGCAUUAUUGCACUCUGUAUAUUUCACCAGUAGCAUGAUGGUAAAAAUGGUACAAUAAGCUUAGAUUUUAACAAGGAAAGCAGAUGUAUUAAAUAGAAUACAAGCAAUCUUUGGAGAUUUUCAAAAAGAAAAAGAAAAAAACAUUAGCACUAACCAUUUAAACCUCACUUCUUGCCUUUUUUUAUGUAUAUACAGUUUUAAAUUAUUUGAUAUCAUUCUUUGUAUAUUGUGCACAUGAUUUCUUCUUUUUUUUUCUUUCUUUUUUUUUUUACACUAUUGGGUCUCGGUUGGGAAAAUACAACUUAUCUGAAGGGGGAAGACUGGAAAAAGGAUAGAAAGAGGGAGGGACGGAAAUAUAGAAAUAGGCACUUAGUUCAUGGUGUCAGUGAAAAGGUUGAUAAUGCUGAUAAAUUUAGUACCUCAAUCACUGAAAUCUGUUGACAUUAAUGACAAGGUUUUAAACUUUUACAAUGCACUUUGAGCACGAUGAUACUCUAUAUGCUGUAUGUGGUAGUUUCCACGGCAUCCUCUACAGGCUCACAACAAGACAAGUUUGUUGUCGUGCAACAGUCGGUCUCGCGAGAAAUGGAAAAGGGCCAGAAAGUUAAUUUGAAAGUUACGAAUAAACCUCAGUCAUUUCUCAUAAACCCUCCUAUAUACUACCUACUGUAUGUGGAAGCUUACUUAAACACUGUAAUCAUUACUUUCAGGUACCUUUUCCUCACUUAUGCCACGAAAAACCUUCCAGGCUUACAGCCAUAAGUCUGAAAGAUAUUGAAGGAAAAAUGCUGUGAAAUUUACAUAUAAUUUGUUUACAAUCAUUAAAUCAGGAUAUCCAAGGCAUAAUCAACCCUCAUUAAAGAAUAUGGGUAACUAUCUUAUCAAAGCUGAUGCAGUGCAUCAACAAUAAUUAGUUUACUUUCGUUAACGCAACUCCUCUUGUGAAUGCUUUUUUUAAUUUUAUUUUUCCUUUUAUUUACUUUUGCUGAAUAUGUAUCACUUUGUACGAAACAAUCCUCAGUGUGACGUUUUUAAUGCUCACCAGGAUGGGCUUCAUCAGUCGAAAUCAAACACUCGCUGAAAUCUGACUGUUGACCAUCCGUCCUCAAUGAAUUCUGUUGAUGCGUGUUCUGUUUUUGGAUUUUAGCCUUUAUGUUGAAGGUACUGAAAACUGAUUAUUUGAAUGUUCAAUUUCAUGUCGACUGUGGGGGUCUGGGAGUAUUUCCACUGGAUAUUUGUGUUGUGCUGUUAGACCAAUACCAAGAGGACUGUCCACAGAAUGUAUACAUCUUAUUGUGUGAAAUCAGGCUCUGCAAGUUUUGGUAUCACUUCCUCAACUGUGAUCAGAUUGUCAAGUACUUGCUGUUUUUGCUUUAUUUGUAAAUUUUCCUCCACCUUGCUGUUACGUUUACCAGGCCAACAAAAAAAAAAAAGCUUCAUUCUUGACAACCUGAGUUUGAUUUCAAAGAUAGGAAGACGUAGGUUUGUUGUGAAGGCAUUUUGUCAACGAUGGUGCAUGCACACCAUCGCCAUAUGCCUAAACAACCUGCAGUCCUUCUUGAAAUCCCCUUUGAUGAAGUCGCAUUGCUAAGUCUAAAAGUGCUAGUUAUUCUAUCAGCUUCUGAUUGUGCUGGAUGUGCGAGGUGGUGCAGGUUUUGGAUCAUGAAGAAGAAAUACACGCACGAAGAAGAGAAGGAGCAAAGUAAGUGUGUUAAGCAGGAAGGAGUCGGUGAUAAAAAUGAAAAUAAUGGAAAGUGCUUUAAGAUGUUACGGGAGGCAAAGUGCUUUAAGUGUCGUCCGCAGCAAAUAAUGUACAGAGUUAUCCGUAUACAACCUUUAUAUGUAUGUUUACUGUAUGUCACUUGUGGGAAACAAUCUCAAAACCACAUAGCUGUGUACAAAAGUUAGUGCAACACUAAUUUGUAGUUUUAAGAUCUCUCAGAGUUCCUUUACACGUCAUAGUGUAAUACCAAUACUAAGCAAUUCUUCACUGUAUUAAUCAGUCCCUGAGUUAGUUCAGUGUCUUCUGGAAAUUUCUGAAUUUCUCAAGCAUCUCUGAAUCGGUAUUAAUCGCAAACUCCAUAAAUAUAUAGACAUUAACGCACUAAUGUUGCUCAAUAAAACAGCUGAGAGAAAAAAAACUGACACGGUUGUAAAUGUUUAUCCUGAAUCUCUGUUUCAGGCCGAUUUUUGAUCCAAAGCUUCAAAGAUGGAUCAGAUCUUUGUUUCUCUGAUGUCCAAAUAUUUCUGGAGCUCUGUGAGUUAACUGUACUCAGAGCCAUAGAUUGUAAAUGUUGUGGGUGUGAGAGCCUUGUAUAUGUGUGGGGACUCUUCAUUCCAGCUCCUAUAUUGCUGACCCAACCUAAUGUGUAUUUUAUUAAAGGUUCAAUAAAUACAAACUCCACUUUUCAAA